UCUUCUUCUUCCUCGGAACUUCUAUAUAAACCCUAGCGUAAAAUAGUAAUUCCCCUCUCCUCUCUCCUCUCUUUCUCUCUUUGGUAUUUGGACGAGCAUCUAAAACCCUCGCAAACCCUAGGAACUUCCAUAAUCCAUGGCGACGAAGAAGCGCAAGGUCGAUCAGGAGGACGAUCUCCUCUCCGCUCCCAACCACCAUGAUUCCUCCGACCACAAGACCCCGCGCCAAACUCUGUACUUCCCCAUCCCCGACGACGCGCCCGCGGCGGCGGGGGACGGCGACGGCGACGGCGACGACUACGCCGGCGCUGAGGAGGAGGACGAGGACCUGGGGAAGCUCCUGGAGCCGUUCCCGCGGGAACAGCUCAUCUCCCUCCUCCGCUCCGCCGCGGCGCGCGACCCCCGUACGCUCGACGAGAUCCUGAGCGCCGCCGACGCCGAUCCCGCCCACCGCAAGCUCUUCGUCCACGGCCUUGGGUGGGAGACCACCUCCGAGGGGCUCCGCGCUGCGUUCGCCCGAUACGGCGAGAUCGAGGAUUGCCGCGUCAUCGUCGACAAGCCCUCCGGCCGAUCGAAGGGCUACGGCUUCGUCCAGUUCCGCCACCGGAGCUCCGCGAGCCGCGCCCUCCGCGAACCCCAGAAGCUCAUCGACAACCGCAUGACCGCGUGCCAGCUCGCCUCCACCGGACCCACCCCCCACGGUCACCAGCAACAUAACCCUAGCCCCAAUCCUCUCCCGAACCCUAGCCAUAGCCCUAACCCUAACCCUAAUCCUAGCACUACCUACUCGGACAACCUUCCCAGGAAGAUCUACGUCGCGAACGUCCAUGCCGACAUUGAUGGCACUCGUCUCUACAACUUCUUCGCGAAGUUUGGCGAGAUCGAGGAGGGCCCCUUAGGGUUUGAUCGCCAAACAGGUAAGGCCAAGGGCUUCGCGCUCUUCGUGUACAAGACAUUGGAGGGCGCGCAAAAAGCCCUUGAGGAGCCUAUCAAGAACUUUGAAGGCCACUUGCUCCAAUGCCAGAGGGCGACCGAUGGUAGGAACAAGGCGGCGUCAGGCCCUAUGAUAAACCCCUCUGGUAAUGAGGUAGUAGCUGCUAUGAACAUGCCACAGAGCAUCGCAGCUUACAACGGCGUAGUCGGCAUGGGUGGUAUGACCCCUGACAUGGGAUUGGCCCAGCAAACUGCGUUGUUGAACCAGGGUUUUUUGGGGAUGGGUGCUCCCCAAGCCUUUGUGCAGGGGAUGCAACCGAAUGCGGCAAUGCUCGCCAUGCUGGCGGCGGCCGGGCAGAAUCCGGCUGCUUUUGGCUUCAAUCCAGCGGUGCUUGCGUCGCUGAACCCUGCUUUUGCUGCUGCUGCAUUGGGUGCUGGGGCCCAGCCAACUAUGGCACCUUCCGCUGUUACGCAGACAUCACCAAUUCAGGGUUUAGGGGUUGGGAGCAUUGGUUACCAGACUGCAGGGUUUCAGGGAGGACCUCCUGGGUUUCAGGGCCCUUCUGUCUUGCAAGGGCCUCCGGGGUUUCAGGGUCCUCCUGGAUACCAAGGCACUACGCCGGUGACUCAGCAGGGAGGAGCUGCUGGCACCGCCGGUGUUGCUCCUUAUCAGGCCGGACCUGCGGGGCAGGCCCAGAUGCCAAGACCGCCUAUUGGACAUAUGGGUGGCUAUGGGCAACAACAUUAGCUUCUCAAUUGCCUUGCUGGUCGGGUUUCCCUCCGUUUUUAGUUCGAUAUUGCGACCGUGAUUUACUUAAGCGGUUUAGAGAUCAGAUGGCUUUUGAAUCCGUAAUCAAGCUCGGGUUGUUGAGGAAUGCGCUGCAAAAGUUAUUUGGAAAAGAACUUUUUGUGAUAUGGUUUUUGUCGAAUUUUAUGGUUGUAUUGUUUUGCGUUUUAGCCGUUAGCUGUGCUUUUUAUAGCUGUGUUGCCGUUUUCUUGUAACAGAUAUUGCUAUAGUUGUCUCUAGUGGUUUUCGUACAUGGUGCUUUGGCUUUUCUUUUUGUGUCGAUGGUUUUCAUUGGUGGCUAAUACAUUGUUUACAUUGUUGAGGUUUAACAAAUUGUUGCCUUUGUCAUGAUUUUGUCGCAAUUAUUUCGAAACUAGUAUUCUCUUGGUAAAUUCAAACGUCACAUUAUUAUUAAUUUCUAUACUCUUUCACUUUCCAGAAAGAUGUCUCCUUUAAGUAUACACGACAAGUAUGUCGUUUACAUGACUGACUUCUUUAUUUCUGAAGAACCAACAAAAUGCAUUCAGCUGGAUCUUGUUGAUGUCUUAAUGGAAGUUGCUAUUGAAAGAUUGUUGCAUAUGAGUUCAAAUUGCUACUAUAAAAGUAUUCUUUCGGUUUAA